AUGCUCUGCAAUCUUCUGUUCCUUGUCGGCGUAGUUGCUGGCUUGUUGAUUCCUGGUACACCUCUUAACUACACCGAGAAUGCUAUGGUAGCUCGUAUGGAGCCUCCUGCCGGGAUGUCUUACGAUCAAUCGGAUUUGCAUGGACCCCAAGUGGUCAUAGAUCUAAGCGCACGGGGCAAGCGACUGCUUGAAAACAUGCUCGGGGGCGCGUAUGGUGUUGCACAGUCGGACGUGGAUACACGAUUCCCAAAUAUUAGGCUAUGGGGCUGGCGCCUUGUCGUUAAAGGUCCGCAGUUCAUGGCAGGAUUCUGCAUGUUGGAGAAUGUUAUCGGAGUGGAAGGCUUUCUUGAUGACGAAGACGCCACAUCUAAUCCUCAGAAGCCAGCGCAUGCUGCUGUAUCAUUUAGUCCACGUUCGUGGGACAAGAGAACAUACACGCACGACCAAGCCGUCACGGUGGAAGGGGUACAUUAUAGGGCAAGUGGCGUGAAUACUUGACAAGGAGCACUUUGUUCUAAUGAUGGGAUGCAGGCGUCUCAUGCAGAGUACACUGGCUUCUACAGCUUCCAAAAUAAGGCGAUCGGUUGUUGAUCUCUUGGGGGACGAGACGAGAUACGUAGCUAACGCCUUGCAGUGUGGACUUCGCUCACAUCACCCGCGUGGCCCCAAGGCCUUACGGGUCGUCCUGCUCUCGGCGCUGGUGGUAACCCCGUGCCAGAAGUGCGAGACAUAAAAGACCUUGAUUUCCAAAACAUUCUUGCGGUAGCCAAACGGUCGGACAGAAAGUGGUCUCCAUCAUCACCCCGCAUUACAGCUCCGAGAUGGUGGGAGAUUCGGCUUGGAGAAGACAAUCCAGUCCCCGAGCAGACCCGGAAGGUUGUCACCUCUUGCCUUGCUCGCUAUAAGAUCACGGACUUGCCGCACAAAGAUAACAUUGAUUGGCCCAAAGGAGCUCUCACCUUUCCGAUUGGGUCGCUGUGCUACUUGGCGCUUCUCGCCACAGAGCCCAUCAAGCAGGUGGCGAUAGAACUCGCGAGUCAUCAAUAUCAAUGGGAUCGUGCGGUGAUCGGAUCAAUUACUGCCGUGGAUUCGGGAUUGAAAACAAAUGCAGAGAUCGAGGAUCCCUUGCCCUGGUUCGUGAUAUACGCUCAAAAGGAGAGCAAGCGACUACUGAAGGCUCGCGAUGCCAAUCGCGAGUUCGAGAACAGACUGGGCCAACCUUUCCAGCCACACGAUCAAUGGCUGCCAUUUGCACGCAAGAGCGCACCUCAGUGGCCGUAUCCUAUGAGGCCAACUAAACGUAUGGAAACGGAGGGUAUCUCGAAGGGCUCUGAUGAGGCUAGCCAGCCAGCUUCCGGUCAACCAGGCCCCUCGAAGCCGGGUCCUUCCAGCGGACAGGAUAAACAAACAGGCCGCGAGAGGCCUAUACAGCCAGCUGCUGGCCCAUCGAAGCCGCCGUCUCAAGGAGACCCCUCUCCCAAUCAAGCAGCCCCUGGGCAACCCGGUACAGCAUACGGGCAAUACGGUUCGAUUGGUAGUAGUGGGGGAGGUCAGGCUGCGGGUCCAAGUCGACCUGGCGGCAGCAAGCAGAGCACCGCGCGACCAAUGAGCAAUGCCGAAAGAGAGUAUGCAAGGCUGCUCACCAGCGGUGUACAACCGAAUGAUGCAAUAGAGAAUAUCGCAAGCAGGCUCGUUGCAGCCAGACGGGUGAGAACACUGGAAGAAGCGCGUAUCCUCGUCCGCACGGAAGUGGGCUAUAACUACCCAGCGGCGCCAGCCAACCCGCAGGAGUCCAUGCAACGCUGGUAUCGCGAAUUGCUGCAGCAUGCUCAGCUCCACCCUACCGACGCGUUGGCUAUUCUGGUCAGAGCGUGGCCUCGGCCUAGCCGUAAUGCUCCUUCCGACGACGAGAUAGAAGCACAGAUCAAACAGAUAUUAGGUCUACGUCGUCGGUCUGGUUAA